AUUUAACCCUUCGUCGGGCGCAAUAGGCCUGACAGGCACAGCAGAUUUGUUUUAGUUUCUCUUGAUGCCGCUAGGGCGCGUACAUUGCUAGUCUCCAGGAUACUCGCGUCAAUUUUGAAGGUGUUGAAGAUUCCUCAUACCAGUAGCCGUUCUGAUUGUGUGUUGAGGAGAUCUGUCUAUCUUGGCUUCUCAGGCCAGUUGCGCCUGAACUCGUCCAUUUUUUGAAGUUUUACUGGAAAAAUGGCUCGAGAAACGUAUGAUACGACCAAUCAGAAAAAUAUUGAAGAGCUACGACGUUUCCUUGAGGAUGACGAUGAUGAAGACCCAGCGGCCAAUGAGGAUUUGGGAGAAGAAAGUGACAUCGAUUCACAAGAUGAAGUGGAGGAACAACAAGGUGAUUCCGAUACAGAGCAGGAUUGUGAUAAGUUUAGUGAUGAUGAAGAUACUACGAGUGAAAAAACAGAUGAGACAUUUUUUUUGGGCAAAGACAAGAAGACUAAUUGGUUGAAAAAGUCACCUGGAAGCACUUUUUGUCGGGUACAAUCUCAAAAUAUUGUAACUCAUCUUCCUGGUGUAAAAGGUAAUGCAAGAAAUGCUAAAUCUGCUUUUGAAUGUUGGAGCAAUUUAUUUACUGACAACAUCCUUGACACAAUUGUAACAUGUACAAACCAAUACAUGAACUCUAUCAAGGACCAAUUCUCUAGAGAACGAGACAUCAAGCCUACUGAUGUUAUUGAAUUGAAGGCUUACAUUGGUUUGUUGUACCUAGCUGGGGCAUACAAAGCAAAUCGGCAAUGUCUAGAAGAACUUUGGGGAGCUGAGGGUGAUGGUGUAGAGAAAUUUAGUCUUGUAAUGAAUCUGAAGCGAUUCAAGACUCUAACACAUUGCCUCCGUUUUGAUGACCGGACAAAUCGAGCUGAUCGAAAAAAAUAUGACCGUCUAGCUCCUGUUAGGGAGGUAUUUGAAAAGUUUGUGGAGAAUUGUCAGAAGAGCUAUUGUGUUGGGGAGAACGUGACUCUUGAUGAAAUGCUUCCUGGUUUUCGAGGUAGAUGUAGCUUCAAGCAGUACAUACCAUCUAAGCCAAACAAGUAUGGAAUAAAAGUGUAUGCUCUCGUAGAUGCCAGAAUGACGUACACUAUGAAGAUGGAAAUAUAUGCUGGUAAACAACCAGCAGGUCCAUAUUGUUUGAGCAAUAAACCAACUGAUGUAGUGAGACGAAUGGUUGAACCAAUUGUUGGAACAGGUCGGAACAUAACAGCCGACAAUUGGUUCACUGAUGUUGACUUGGUUGAUGAACUGAGAAAAAAGAAACUGUCCUACUGUAAGCCGGAACACCAAGCGCUGGCCAAUGGUCAUCCCUCAAAGCAGAAAAACAAGUUGGCGCCCAACCUAUGGAAGGGCAACAACGAAAACAGUCCUUCUCAGGACUCGUCAACAGGACCAGAGAAAUCUGCCACCCCUGCGACAAAACGUGUGGUCCCUGCUAAGAUCAACAAACCGACGGCGUUACACGACGCGUCAAAGCAGGUCCUCACCGGCGGUAACCCCUUCUCCGACUCAGCUUUCGUGCACAACGUAGUUGAGCGUGAGUUGUAUAUGCGUGAAACCUUUUCACCAUGUACCCCCGCCCUGACGCAAGUGACACGUGACGUGUUCACUCAGCUGUCCAUCGAUAAGCCCGACUUGACAAAGCGGCUUAUCCCCGAGGAACUCAAUUACUACGCUGCAGCUAUGCUGUAG